UGAGCUGGGGCUUGAAGCCUCAGCCAGCCCCGGACACCGUAUUGUUAUGUGGAUUGGGAAGGCGGGGAGUGUUUUUGGAGGAGUUUUUUGAGUGCCACCUCCGUUGCAGAAGGGUUCAGGGCCAUGGCCGCCAUAGCUAGAGCUUGGGGGCUUCUCCUCCUUCUGUUACUGCUGCCCUGGCUAGCUCAUGGCUCGUCUAUCAAAUCCGUCCCCGAGCUUGAAUCGCGCAUGUAUGCGUCGCUUGCGGGCUUUCCCUGUGUCCGAUGGCUCAACCUGACUGGGGAGCUUGGUUGCGCUAACCCCGGGCACGGGGCCGUGAGUGCGCCAAUUUUGAGGAUGGGGGACGCUUUGGAUUCUCCCGCGACUGUACUGGUCCCUGCGGAGUCGUUCGAGGAGUUUGUUGAUCGAUUCGGGGAUGAUAAAAAUGUGGUUGGGGUGCUUGUGGAGAACGGAAGUCAGGCUCCAGGGUUCGGAGCUUCGGAUGAUGCGAGGUUUCCGCAGGCUGAAUUCGCGCCGUAUGAGAAUCAAUCCUGGGUUUGGAACCCCUUUGGAUCAGGAAUGAUGCACCGUCGACUCAACUUUCCAGUAUUUUUUCUUUCUUCUCCGGAAAACAUAGAAUUAGCACGAAGACUUGCCUCCCAGAACGUCGAGAAAGGGUCGAAGAGGCCUGCAAAUGUGGUAGAAUUUAACGACGUUAUGCAGACCACUAAAACUGGGACACCCACAACAGAAUCAUGUUUGGGGGAGCUCUCCUGUCUUCCUUUAGGAGGGUACAGCGUCAUGUCGACUUUCCCACCUGUCAAUGUUUCGCAUCCCACCGUGAAGCCCGUCGUGUUGGCGAUGGCGUCCGUAGAUUCAGCAACUUUCUUCCGUGAUGUUGCCCCUGGGGCUGACUCACCAAUGUCAGGAGUUAUAGCCUUGCUUGCAGCGGUUGAUGCACUAUCGCACGUUCCUGACUUUGACAGUUUUUUAAAGAGACUCGUCUUUCUUGUAUUUACGGGAGAGGCGAGGGGCUAUUUGGGAAGUCGACAGUUUUUGGCUCAACUUAAGAAGGGAGCCUUUGCGGAUUAUGGACUAACAUCAAUUCAUCAAAUCCUGGAAGUUGGAUCGGUGGGCCAAGCAUCAGAGGCCACGUUCUUCGUCCAUAAGCAGGCUACAGCAGCAGCCGUCGAUACGCAACAGAUUAUUGAUGCAUUGUAUUUAUCGGCAUCCUCCACGGAUUCAACGGUGAAAUUGGCUAACGAAGACAAUCCAGGGAUACCUCCUUCGAGUCUCAUGACUUUCGUCCAUAAUGAUCCUACUGUUGCUGGUGUUGUCAUUGAAGAAUUCGACACAGCUUUCACAAAUAAGUAUUACAAUAGCGUGGAUGACAACUCGAGUAAUGUGAACUUGCCAUCACUAGUGGUAGCGGCAUCUUUGGUGGCCCGAUCGCUUGUCCUGCUUGCAAGUGACAAUAACUUGAGAUUUGAUUCUCCAAUCUUUGAAUCUAUUCAGGUGAACAUGUCACUGGUGGAGGAAAUGGUGAACUGUUUCUUUGGGACUUCCCCCGGCAUGAGGUGCAGUUUAGUAGAAAGUUUGAUGACUGCAUCCCAUGACGUCGCCAAUCACUAUGUCGGAGUGUUUCAAGCAGAUCCCAGCGUAUCUCCUAACUCGAUGCCAGAAGUGAUUGAUGAUACGACACGAUUUGUGUGGAAUUUUUUAGCCGACCGGACAGCAUUGCCCCGGGAGGAUUUGCACGAGAAAUGUACUUUGGUUUGCAAGAACCCUGACGAAGUAUGCGUCGGAGCAACACAAAGUCAGUUAGGACAGUGUCGCGUGUCUUCAACCAGGUAUGUUCCUGCAUAUUCUCCUCGGCUAAAAUUCCACGACUAUUGGUGGCAAUUGCUUCCUUUAGAGGCUGGUGAUAAGAUGGGAGCAGCUGACCCAGUGUACACUGAAAGCUUCUGGAACAGUAUUAGCAUUCGAUCAUACCAGAAAGAAGACUCCUGGUAUGAAGAGCUUAUUCUCUUCAUUGGGGUGUUUGUAACUUUUGUAUCGAUCCUUUCCAUAACCUGCUCGACAUCUCUUCUCAGAAAACGGCUGAAGCGGGCUUGAUCAAGCUCGUGCAUACUUGCAGGAAAGAUGAUCUCUUUUCAUUUUUCGCAACUUUCAAACCGAUCAGGAUGCCACACUGGUUAGAAGGAUUUCUGACAUGCACCAGGACAAGAAGGUGCACAUACCGAAGGUCUUACAUGGCCAUCUCAGUUAUAGCAAUGACUGGCGUCCUUGAGAGGCGAUGCUGCAGUAAGGCGGUAUACAGUGCCCCUUAUAAUCUGCCAACAUUUGGCUGUGUGUGUGUGUUGAAAUGGAAGACACGUGCAAGUACUGGUAUGGGUAUGAACUUGGCUGCGAUGGGGGGCACCUUAGAACUGGGGUCGUGGAUGUGGAGCUUACGAUUCAUUCCUCGAUUCACCUGUUCGGCUCUGUGGAAAAGUACAUCUGGAGUUCCGCUACUUGUUUGAAGAUUCUGGAAAAUCGGAUUUCUUCGUUACGGCCACAUUCUUAGCAAGUCUGCUGCUCUUCUUGAAUGCAGGAUUGUUCUAUUGGUUACAUAUUCUUUGCGUAAGGUUUCAAAAUGAGGAAAGAUCAAUCUCAUAUGAUGGGUCACAUGGAUUCAAAGGAAGAGAUCAAAACGUGCUACUAGAAUAGCAAAUUUGGAGGCACACAUUUACUUUGGCUUUUGUUGCCACUCCUUUUGGUUGUUCUCGAACCCCCGGAUAGUUUGAGCAUACGACUCGUUGCUUGCUUGUCUUCCCCUGGUUUGCCCUUACAUCUAACUUGUCUUUAGUCUUGUACCCAUCAUUUAAUCUAAUCGUUUUUCAUCCUAGUCUUUGGGGAUAUUUUAUAUUUUUGGGUAUGCUACGUCAAUUCUUGUAGACGCUGGCUAAGAGUUGGACCCCGGGACCAGGAAAGAGGACGCAAAAUGAUGGGUACAAGGACAAGAAGGACAAGCAACAAAAGAUGCCAACGCAAGUGAGGCAGGAGGGUAUUUUAGUUUCUAGAUAUGGGAUUUUUGGUUUUGAACUUUAAUGGAACUCAUUUAAACGAGAUGGACCGCCUACGUUGAUCUGUGAUUAAGUUUUUAUUUUUUAGUUUUA